AUGUUGAAUGCGGAGAGGCCAAGAAAGCGAGCGCGUAUAUUGGGGCUCUGGGACUCGGAUGUGGGUGAUGUGGCAUCUGAAAUAGAUGUUAGCGCGGCCCGUCAAGCGAAUGAUUUGCGAUUGAAAUCUCGCUUUGAAGACAUAUUCGAAAAAUAUGGAAAGGACUUCAGUUCUGUCGGAGACGAGAUUGAUUUGGCGACAGGCAAUAUCGUCAUUGACAAUGGACAUAUUGAAAGGAUGAGAAAUGAGCAAGACCUUGGUUCUCGGCCGUGGAAAUACGACUCUGAUCCUCUUGGUGAGCCUGAAUUCAUUACGGAAAAUGUCACUGAAGCGCAGAACGCUCCGAAUUUAAAAUGCAUGAACCAAAAUGAAAAACUUGCACGGACGGAAGAAAGAAGCUUAAGAAAUAAUAUGAACCUUGAAUUUCCUUCUGGAAGCUAUAGCGCCAAUACUGAAACUCACAACGGAAACCACACUCCGGCUGAGAAAAGUCUGCCCCUUAACAAUAUUUCCCUGCUUAGAAACCCAGCCAACUUUGACCAAAGACGCCCAAGGGCAAGCUCUCACACUGAAGCCGCUCUGUGGCAAACUCCAGAAAUUGAUGAACGCCUUUUCAAGUCUUCUCCACUCCACACUCCUCUCCCAAUUUUUCACAGGAACCGAACAGCGUCGCCACCAAAUUCCGGAUCUCUAUGGGCAGUCCCACAAUGUCGUCGAAAAAAAGCACCACGGACAAGUUGUGGCCGAUCCAGUGGAGCGCGAAAGUUGCAAUCAAUUCCAAAGCCCAGAAGCUCUGGACCUAUUUCGGAUUCGGAUUCGGAUGAUCCUUUGCAUGAGAGCCUUCCUUCACUUCCAACACCAUCCAAAAUUAAUAUCCCUGCUAUAAUUAAGAAUGCCAUUGACGACCCAGCUUCAACCACGGAAGAGCCUAGGGGAGUCCUUGGCCCUUCCUCUCCAUUGCCAGACCAUGGCAUAAGCACGGAGGAGGAAAAUAAUCGGCAACCAGAGAAUGUGAUUAUGGAAACAUCGCCUUGGUCCUCCGCGAAGCGUAACAAGGAAAGAUAUGUGGAAUCACCAUUAUUGCGAGCGAAUGGUACUAUUGAAAAUGAGGUAACAACUAUCUCAGAAGCUGGUGGACCCUUAGCAGACCCUAAAUCAAUUACGCAUAUACCCACAGCACCACAACCAGCAAAGCAGAGCACUGCAAUCAACCCUUUCACUCCUAAUGAAAUAAAAAUAAUCUUAAUUAAACGGGCAGUACAGAAGCUCCCAUGGAAAGAGGUGUCCCGAUCCGUACCCAACAGAACCUCAGGCCAGCUGAGAUUUCAAGGCACCGCCCAAACUGCCAAAACGACUAUUAGCGCCAAAAUCUCCCUCGCCAACGAAGCGUUCGAAGACUGUUCACACAGCCUCGCCUUCACCGAUGUCACGUAG